AUGGUGCAACAGACUUUGGUUGAAAAUCAUCCUUUGACUCCACAUUCCCUUUCUGCUGCUGCUGUAGUUGGGAUAUGUUUUGGUGUUCUGGUAAUGCUGGGCACAGCAUCAGCUAUUGCAUAUAAAUGUUACAAACGGCAACUAGCCAAAAAUGCUCAGAAUCGUCUUUCCUCAGCCAUCAAGAAAGGCCUGAAAGAGAGCAACAAUGGCAACCUGAAGAAGGUGUCAUCAGCUCGAAAAGUCAUCAUGAAGUCGAAGGCUACUAGCCCUACAUAUCCGUCGUCAGGUGAGCACAUUGGUGGAUCGUUAUCUGAACGAGGUCUAGUCAGUGGAAGUGGGGCGGGUCCACUUCCUUCUCAGUUCGAUCCCUGCCAGGUAAAAGCAGAAUACUAUAUUGAGAAUGAAAAGGAUGGCGCCACUCCUGAAAAAGACGAGAGUAUGCGUGAGAAACAUGAAGACGAGCUGAAGACACCUCACCUUGGGACUUUGCACUUCUCUACUGAAUAUGAUUCUCAGAAGAGUGCACUUCUGGUCACUAUUUUGCAAGCAGCUGAAUUGCCUCCCCGUGAACCAAGUGUUGGAGGCUGUGACCCAUACAUCAAGCUGCAACUUCUACCAGAAAAAAAGCACAAAUGCAAGACCAGGGUCUUGAGGAAGACCCUGAAUCCUGUGUAUGAUGAAACCUUCACGUUUUAUGGCAUCAGCUUCAACCAGCUGCAGAGUAUCACUCUGCACUUUGUAGUUCUUAGUUUUGACCGAUUCUCAAGAGAUGAGAUCAUUGGAGAAGUUAUUUACCCACUGAAUGGAGUUGACUUGUCUCAGAAAGAGGUUUCUGUGAGCAAAGACAUCACACCAAGGCAUCUUAAGGUAAGCCCAACAUAUCCUUCUUCCUGUGAAAAUAGAAGAUCCUUAACUGAAAGCAAUAAAGGGGCUGCUGAACAACACAAAUCUCUGCUUGAUCCUUGUGAUCUUAAGGCUGACUACUCUGUUGAAAAUGAAAAAGAGGAUGUGAUACAGGAAAAAGAUGAGAGCCAGAGGAACAAACCACGACUGCCCCACCUGGGUACGUUGCAUUUCUUGGCCAACUAUGAUACCCAGAAGAAUUCACUCCUGGUGACGAUCCUAGAGGCUGAUAACCUUUUGCCAACUGACACAGCUGCAGGCAGCUGUGACCCUUACAUAAAACUGCAGCUGUUGCCAGAAAAGAAGUACAAGUGUAAAACUCGAAUCCUGAGGAAGACCCUGAAUCCUGUGUAUGACGAAACCUUCACAUUUUAUGGCAUCAGCUUCAACCAGCUGCAAAACAUCACCCUGCACUUUGUUGUCUUUAGUUUUGACCGAUUCUCAAGAGAUGAGAUCAUUGGAGAAGUUAUUUACCCACUGAAUGGCAUUGAUUUGUCAGACAAAGAAAUCUCUGUGAGCAAGGACAUCACACCAAGAUAUCUCAAGUUUCGUACCCAGGGCCGGGGAGAGUUGCUGGUUUCUCUUUGUUAUCAGCCUGCUGCUAACAGACUUACAGUUGUUGUACUCAAAGCAAGGAAUCUUCCUAAAAUGGAUGUCACUGGACUUUCUGAUCCCUAUGUGAAGAUUUACCUUCUGUACAAUGGGCAGAGAAUUGCAAAAAAGAAAACACAUGUGAAGAAACGCACCUUGAAUCCUGUGUUCAAUGAAUCAUUCCUGUUUGAUGUUCCUUAUAAUGAGGGCCUACAGAAUAUCAGCCUUGAAUUCCUGCUUCUUGAUUAUGACCGAAUGACAAAGAACGAAGUCAUUGGCAGAUUGGAAGUGGGUGCUCGCACUUUGGGUCAAGAGUUGCACCAUUGGAAUGAAGUAAUGAACUGUCCACGUAAGCAGAUUGCUGAAUGGCACAAACUGAAAGAAUAG